AUGUGCUGUCGAGCGGCCAACAUAUGCCGCGCGAGUGAAUCCCUGUUGAAACUCAUUUGGGAUAUCAAACAGUUUCUCAUUAUUAAUGACUUUCCGCUAAUCAACGAAUCCAUAUCCGAGAAAGUGGACACUAAUCUCACCAACGUUUCAGACAUUGACCACAAACUUCUUAACCUCAGGGAUGAGAUCGCGAACGAGUUGUACGAAUUGGAGGACGAGUACUAUAACUCUCUCAUCAAGUGA